AUGAUAAUCUCUAAUGGAAUUUGUGUUUGUGCAUCAAACCAAUAUUAUGAUUCUCUUACUCACAUUUGCCAGAGUAUUAUUCUCUAUAUAUUUAUAUUCUAGAUUGCCAUCCAACAUGUACAACUUGUUCGAACUCAGAUUAUUGUUGCGAUGCAAUGUCAUUCUUACAGUUUAAUAUAUAAACAAAUGCUUGUGAAUGUUAAAAUGGAUAUUAUCUUGCUGCAGUUAAUACUUGCUCAUGUAAAAACUUUUUAUUUUAUUUUAUUCUAUAGAAUGUGUUUCCCCUUGCUUAUUUUGCUCUAGUUUAUCUAUCUGUACAACUUGUAUUAAUGGAUAUUAUCUAUCAUCAUCAUCAUCUUGUUUAGGUAAAUAUCAUAUAAUAACUAUUUUAGUUUGCACAUCUCCUUGUUUAAAUUGUAUUAAUACAUCUACAGAAUGUUUAAGUUGUCUUUCAAAUACUAUGUUAAUUGUUAAUUCAACUUGUACUUGUCCUUCAAAUUAUUAUAUCAACUCGAGUCAAACAGAUUGUAUUCAAUGUCAUCCUACUUGUUUGACUUGCAUUGAUUCUAAUCAUUGUUGUUUUUCUACUGAAUUUAAAAUUUUGGACUCCAUCACCAAUCUAUGUAAAUGUUAAGAUGGCUAUUUCGAUUCUGAUGGUAUAUGCUAAUGUAAAAACAUUUUCAUUUAAUAAUAGAAUGUGAUCAAAAUUGUUUAACUUGUGAAACUUCUUCUACUAAUUGUUUAACUUGCGUUAGCUAAUUUAAAUUAGACCUAACAGAAUGUAAAUGCAUUAUAUCUAAUUAAUUUAUUAAUAAUUUAGGAUUAUGUGAAAGUAAUUCUAUAUUUUUUUAUUUUAGAUUGCUCAAUAAAUUGUUUAACUUGUUCAAUAAGUGCUAAUAAUUGUUUAAGUUGUGAUGAAACUAAAAAAUAUUAACUUGUAUAAGGUGUUUGCUAAUGCAAAACUAAUGAAUACUUAAAUGAUAAUGGAAUUUGUACUGAAUGUCAUAAAACUUGUCUAUCAUGUAUAAAUGGUUUAGAAAUUGGAUGUUUGGGUUGUAUACCAUCAAGAAAGAUGAAUCCUGAAAAUAAAUUAUGUGAAUGCAAUGAUGGAUAUUUUAAAGACGAUAAUAAUGAAUGUGUAAAAUGUAACAAUAAAUGUGGAAAAUGUUUAAAUGAUCAUGAAUGUUUAACAUGUUCUGAGAAUAGAUCUCUUGGUUAAGAUGGUGUUUCAUGUAUCUGUAAUAAUGGAUUUUUUGAGAAUGAGAAAGUAGUUUGUCAAAGUAUAAUAAUAAUUUUAAUAUGCAUAGGAUGUUCUCCUCCUUGUUCUACUUGUUCAAACACAUAAGAUUGUUUAAGUUGUAUAGAUGGUAAUAAAUUUAUUAAAAUAAAAAAUAGUAAAUAGAGAAGUUGUGUAAAAUAGAUGUUAAUGUUUAAAAGGGUUUUUUGAGGAUGAAUAGAAUCAAUGUGAGAGUUGUUCUAGUAUAAGAGGAAAGGUGAAUGAUAUUUGUAAUUAUAUAAAUUGUGGUGAUGGUGAAUUAACUAAAGGAGAAUAAUGUGAUGAUGGAAAUAAAAAUAGUAGAGAUGGUUGUACAGAUUGUAAAAUAGAUUAAUUAUUUACUUGUGUGAAUAAGAUGUUAUCAAGAUCAAUCUGUUUUUAAUGUGUUUCAAAUUGUUAAACAUGUUCCUUAAAAGGAUUUAAAAGUUCUUGUGAUGAAUGUUACAGUGGUUAUUUUCUAAAAAAUGAUGAAUGUUUAAAAUGUUAGGAUAGUUGCCAUACUUGUAAAGAUAAUAAAACUUGUCUGACAUGUACAAUAAUAGAUGCUAAACCUGAUGAAAAAGGUGCAUGUCCAAAAUGUACAAAUAUUAAAGGAUAUUAUAUUAUUAAUCGUAAAUGUGUAACCAAAUGUGGAGAUGCAAUAUUAGUUGAAAGUGAAUAAUGUGAUGAUGGUAACAACCUUGAUGGAGAUGGUUGUAGUUCUUAAUGUUAAAUAGAAAAGUAUUAUACUUGUAAAGAAACCUUAUGUAGCAAAAUACCCUAACCUUAAGUUGAUGCUACUUAUACAAACUCUACUACAUCUGAGAGUAUGGCUCUAAAUUUUCCUAUUGAUCAAGGCGACCCUUGUAUUAAAAUUAAUAUUACCAUUGACUCCUUCCUUCCAACUGAUUUCUAAUCAGCUAUCAAGUAUGAAUAAAUUGAUGACAAUCUAUCUAAAUGCAACAUUGAUUUUUAAUUCAACAAAACUAUUGAUGUUGGAAAUCUCAUACAUAUCUUUAUUCCAGUCAAAGUUAGAACUUCUAGAAGAAUACUUGAAGAAGAAACCAGAGAAAUUAUUAUCACUCCUAGAAAAAAAAUUAUUUAUUCUUAAAAUUAAGUCUAAUAAGCUGAAAGUGCUAGUAAUGCUUAAUCUACUCUUGGUGAUAUGCUCUAUUUUAUAGCACCUACUGCCAUACUAUUAGGAGGAUUCAAUUUCUUUUGGACUAUUAUGGAUAUUUUAAGUUGGAUCAACAAUCUUUAUUAUAUCAAUAUCUAUUUCCCUGAAAAUGUUAAAAUGUUCUUUCAAAAUUCAGCUUGGGGAGACUUUUAAUUAUUCCCAGCCUUUUUUGUCCUUAAUUAACCUUUAGAUCCUUAUUAUAUUGAAAGUCCUAAAAAAUUUAUGGAAAAAGGUGUUGAUCCAAUAUUUCUUAAUAACACUUGGACUUGCUUUGCUAUCAUAGCAAUUACUAUUUCUAUCGAAAUUAUCUCUUGUGUCAUUUUAUUUCUCAUCGAAUUAAUAUGGCCUCCUAUCCUUUAAAAGACAACCUCAUCUAUACAAAUUUUUUAAUUAAAUGAAAUCAGGUAAUCUAAUUUAUUUCAUCCUUAAACAUAAAAUAGAUUCACUAAAAAUAAAAAAUAAGAAUUACAACCUCAAAAAAUAACUGCUCCUAUUAUAAAUUAGAAAAAAAGAUUCCCCUAUCUUAUAGAUAAAAUUUAUUAACCUUUACAUAAUUUUAAGAUUAAUUUCCUAUCCAAUCUUAUUAAAUCCUUAAAUCUAGCCUUUUUGGAUUUAGUAUUAGCUAUUAUCCUACAAUUAACUACAAUCCCUAACAGUCUUAUGGUUUAUUAAAUUGUAUUUAUUAAUCAAAUUUUGUCAUAUGUAAGCAUUAGUAUCUGUGUUGUCACUCUAAUAAUAUCUNUCGUAAAUGUGUAACCAAAUGUGGAGAUGCAAUAUUAGUUGAAAGUGAAUAAUGUGAUGAUGGUAACAACCUUGAUGGAGAUGGUUGUAGUUCUUAAUGUUAAAUAGAAAAGUAUUAUACUUGUAAAGAAACCUUAUGUAGCAAAAUACCCUAACCUUAAGUUGAUGCUACUUAUACAAACUCUACUACAUCUGAGAGUAUGGCUCUAAAUUUUCCUAUUGAUCAAGGCGACCCUUGUAUUAAAAUUAAUAUUACCAUUGACUCCUUCCUUCCAACUGAUUUCUAAUCAGCUAUCAAGUAUGAAUAAAUUGAUGACAAUCUAUCUAAAUGCAACAUUGAUUUUUAAUUCAACAAAACUAUUGAUGUUGGAAAUCUCAUACAUAUCUUUAUUCCAGUCAAAGUUAGAACUUCUAGAAGAAUACUUGAAGAAGAAACCAGAGAAAUUAUUAUCACUCCUAGAAAAAAAAUUAUUUAUUCUUAAAAUUAAGUCUAAUAAGCUGAAAGUGCUAGUAAUGCUUAAUCUACUCUUGGUGAUAUGCUCUAUUUUAUAGCACCUACUGCCAUACUAUUAGGAGGAUUCAAUUUCUUUUGGACUAUUAUGGAUAUUUUAAGUUGGAUCAACAAUCUUUAUUAUAUCAAUAUCUAUUUCCCUGAAAAUGUUAAAAUGUUCUUUCAAAAUUCAGCUUGGGGAGACUUUUAAUUAUUCCCAGCCUUUUUUGUCCUUAAUUAACCUUUAGAUCCUUAUUAUAUUGAAAGUCCUAAAAAAUUUAUGGAAAAAGGUGUUGAUCCAAUAUUUCUUAAUAACACUUGGACUUGCUUUGCUAUCAUAGCAAUUACUAUUUCUAUCGAAAUUAUCUCUUGUGUCAUUUUAUUUCUCAUCGAAUUAAUAUGGCCUCCUAUCCUUUAAAAGACAACCUCAUCUAUACAAAUUUUUUAAUUAAAUGAAAUCAGGUAAUCUAAUUUAUUUCAUCCUUAAACAUAAAAUAGAUUCACUAAAAAUAAAAAAUAAGAAUUACAACCUCAAAAAAUAACUGCUCCUAUUAUAAAUUAGAAAAAAAGAUUCCCCUAUCUUAUAGAUAAAAUUUAUUAACCUUUACAUAAUUUUAAGAUUAAUUUCCUAUCCAAUCUUAUUAAAUCCUUAAAUCUAGCCUUUUUGGAUUUAGUAUUAGCUAUUAUCCUACAAUUAACUACAAUCCCUAACAGUCUUAUGGUUUAUUAAAUUGUAUUUAUUAAUCAAAUUUUGUCAUAUGUAAGCAUUAGUAUCUGUGUUGUCACUCUAAUAAUAUCUUAUUAUGUUACAACAAAACAUCAUAUUCUCUUGGAUCAUUAACUUUUUAAAAAUUAAUACGGUACAUUAUAUGAAAAUAUCAACACUAAAUCUAGAACAGCUAUGUUGUACUCAUAUAUUAAUUUGAACAGAAAAGCAUUAUUUAUAAUAGUGGUUGUGUAUUUCUACUAUUAACCACUAUUACAAACAGUUUUUUGUUGUUUCAUAAGUUUUUUAAAUAUAGCGUUAAUUAUUUAUGAAAAUCCUUUUACAUCCAAAGCAGAUCUCAUUUAAAACGGAAUUCCAGAUUUUUGUAUAUUUGUUUUAAUGCUCCUAUCAACAGGGUUUGCACUCGAUGACAUUGUAUGUUAUAUAUUUUAAAAUAGAUUGGUUUAUUAAGUGCUGAUCAAAGAUUUUAGAUAGGUUGGGUAAUGAUAGGAACUAUUGGAUUGUCCAUUUUCGUUUAAAUUGUAUUUUUAUUGAGAGAGUUUGUUAGGGAUUUGUAAGAAAAAUUCUUAAUGAUUUCUAAAAAAAUUAAAAAUUGCUUAAAAUCUAAGAAAAAUUAAUGA